AUGCCUCCGGCUGAGAACCACCAUGUAGUCAGGAAAGAAAUCGGCGACGGCGACCUCUCGCGUUCAGUCUUAGUCGAUACCAUGGUGUGGGGCGACGAAACAGUUACCGAAGCGAACAAUUUGCCAUUUCAAUUUUGGUACAAGUGGUCAGAUGGCCUAAAUAUGACAAUCAAUUUAAUUAAUUUUCCGAAAAAUGUUACUGAACUUACUUAUACUUGGCGUUCAGAUACAACACGAAACACGACAACACGUGCUGUGAGUAGUCCCACGACCACCCAGUCACCUACUACAGAAGACCCGCCUAACAACUUUAAUGCAGCAACUCCUGAAGCAGUAUUUUUAACGAAUGAAGUUUUCCUGCACUAUGUGCUGCCUGCCUUAAUAUGCGUAGUGUUGGUCGGUGUGAUAGCAAUUAUGUUCUUAUGCAUAAGGAGACAGAGGCGGUUAUGCUCUGAAGGAAUCAAUGAUAAUAAUACCGGCAACGAGGUCCUAUAUGCUGAUCUAGAAUUAAAUGCAACGAAUAAUUACCAAGUAAGGUGCGACGAGGAAUCUCCAUACGCUCAAAUACAAAUAUCACAAACUACCAAGAAAUAA